AUGUUUAAAAUAUUUUGGAUUAUAUUAAUCUUAGAAAACAUACCGAUGGAGACUGCAGGAGACAAUAGCAAGGAAAUCGAAUACCGCAGUUAUAAAUUUUCCAUCGGUUUUCAUCUGCUGCUGCCUGCAGUCGGCUUAGGAGUGCUCAUUUUGGGUCGCAGGCACAUUUGCGAUAAGCUCUUGUUGCAAUUAGAUAGCAAAUACUUGACAGUACUAUGUCCGUGCUUCAUCAAAAGGGAGAACAUAGUAAAAUGGGCUUGCAACAGAUUACCGCGCACCUGGUCCUCGAACACCGUAGAAACAUUAUCAGGAGGCGUAAAAGAAUUAUGGAACGAUGGUUCCCUGCUUUGCACUCUUAUAAACUCAGCCAGACCGGGAGCUUGCCCCAAUCCCCACAGACAUUGGAAACAACCCCCUUCGCACGCCCAAGCUUUAGCGUACAAAUACUUCGGAGUAACACCGGUGUUUUCCAACGAGGAAUUGAAUCGCAACAUCAACUCUAGUUUAGAGAGGAAGUUCAUCGGGUACCUCAGCGACGUGCAGCAAUCGAUAAACAAAAUAUCGGAAAUAUCCGAGGAAAACAGCCGGUUUUCCUCGCAAUAUAUAGUGAGAGGAAUGGGGUUGUUUUCCGGCGAGCAGCACAAGAAAACCACCUUCUACAUUUACCUAAACGACCGUUGCGACAACGACGACACCAAAGAAGACAACAUAAUCAUCCACGUUAAAGGUCCGUUUGGAACUUACGGGGAAGCGGUGGCGCCUAAAUUGGUGAACAAACGGAGGAAACUCAAACGAAAAACGAAGCAAGAAAGGCGAUCCUCCAUCCAAUUCAUCGAGAAUCUGAUGCAAUCGAACGCUUGGAAUUUCACCCGAGCGCAGAGGAAAAAUAUCAACGAAGGCGUGGAAAUCGAAACCGCCAUGGAAAACGAUAGAAUCAGAGUGAGUUACGUGCCGACUAACUACGGAAUGUACGAGAUCAGCAUGAUCUCCGGCGGUGAAUUGCUGAAAGGAUGUCCGUUUAACGUGCACAUUUUUAUCAACGAAUUGAACGAUGUUAAUCAGAGCGAUAAAGUGGUUAGUAAAGCGAGGAAAGUGAUCAAAACGCACCUGCCCAGGUUGCCGGAAAACGACGAAGCCAAGUUGAAACCCGAGGGAAAGUCUAGAUUUAAUUUCAGAGAAGUUGUAGAAGAAAUUACUAAAAACGGUAGCGUUUACAGAAGCAUACUAGGACACACGCCUGAAGUCGAAAUGUCCAGUCUGGAAAUAUCGGCUAGUAUAAAUAAAGAAUCAAAAGAUAGUAAGAAUACGCAUAGAGAUGAAACGGAUUAUUUCGAUAGCAUAGAGAAAGUUGAAACCAAUUCAAAAUAUGGAGAUAAAUUAAGCGAAAAUGAAGCACUUUCACAGGAAAAAUCUGAAACUAACAACAUUAAACUUCCUGAAAAUUCUCCUGUUGAUAAUAAUAACAUUACAAAACUAUCAACAAGUGCCUUAAAUAUUAAAAAUGCUCCAGCAAAACCAAUAGACUUGGGACAAACUGAUGAAAACAAAGCAAUAAGUAAAGACGAUUUAAAUAACUACAACAAUCUUCGAACCAACGAAAAUAACCAGAAAAAAGACGAAAUAUACGAUAGUAAUAACUUAAGACGUCCUUCGAGCGAUAAAAAUAUAAUUAUAAACGAGUUUUCCAACAAACAAAAUUCGAAGAAAGCUUCACUAGAACUCACCAGUUCCGCUUACGUUCAAUCCGAACCCGAAGAAAAAUUAUCCAACGCCUCUUUAAAAGUACAAAUUAUUAACAAUUACUCCAGCAGUAAAAAUCAGCAAACAGUCGCUAAUAAAGACGAUAAUAAUCAACAUACCAAAGCAAACAAUCUAACCACUGCAACAUUUGCGAAUAAAAAUUUAAUUAACAGUGGAAUAGAAACCAAACACAGCAGUUACGUGUUCGAGCCGAAAUAUAUAAACAAACCGAAGAUAAACAAAAUUAAAAUUCCCGAAUUGUUUGCCGAGGACGCAAUAAAGAAGCGACCUUAUCACUGGGACGAUAAGUAUUUCAAAAAUAUCCUUAACGAAUCCAAUAAGGACUAUUCCAGUUUGGAUUACGAGAAGAAAAUUUCCGCCGAAUUCGAGAAGAAAAGGUCCAAGUUUACUUCCCCAACAUGCCCUGGUCAUAUUGUAACCGAAGUAGAUGCAAUACAGAAAACUGUAGCCGAAAAGAGAAAGAUUUUUGCUCAACGUACGCCAAGAAAAUUGUACUCGUACGGUUCCAAUUCGCUGAUUUCUUCGUUUUCCGAUGAAAACGAACAAAAAUCCACAGCCGAAUUGAACGUUCUGAACGAGAUCCACGCCUACGAAAAUUAUUCCUUAACCAACACAAUCAGCUUGCCGAAUUUAUCGUUAGAGACCGAUUGCUCGUUGGUUUCUUUCGAAAGCAGAAAAUCCUUCUGGGAGAGCAUGUCAACCGGCAGCUCCACCUCGGUCAGCACCAAGUCAUUAUCUCCCAGAAAACCGGAGAAUUCCUUAAACUCUUUGGAAAGAAGCAAACUCAUUUGGAAGAAACCCCAAGACAUCUACAAAUCUGCUGAUGAUGUACUGUCUUUAACGAGCACCAAAGAGCAUAAGAUUAUGUACAAUUCUGUGGAAGAUUCUUUAGAUAAGUGCGCGGUAAUGUCAGUAGAGGAGAGGAAAAGAAAAUUGCUCGAACGAAAAUUCGAAGAGGAAAAAUUUAUUUCGAGAAAAGUUGUAAGCAAAGUUAAUUAUAACGAAGGCACGGUUUUCGUAACGCCUAUUACAGAAAAAAUUCAGAGAUACAAAAGUGCCCUGGAAUUAUCUUCUUUCGAGGAAACCAAAGAAACCCAGUCCUCAAAACCAAAAAACCAGGAUACAAAAAGCAGCUCGCAAUUCAAAAACGCCAUCAACUACUUCAAAAAUCUGGAGACGCAAUCUCGAGCGGCCGAAAGACCGGCCAUCCAAAAAUCCCGCCGUCGCACGGGAGGUAGCCUCAACCUCCCCAAGGUGUCCCAAAAGUUCUUCAUCGACAACCUGUACAGGGACGUCUUCGGCAACGAGAAGAGCCACUUCAAGGGAACCCCCAACAAGUCAGCGCUGGUCGAGGCGCUGGCCACUUUCUCCAGGACGCCGACGCCCUACCGUCGCGACGACGAGGACGACAUCCAGUACGAGAUCUUUAAGAGCUUCGUUAAUAAGAGGAAGAGGAAAAGUUUGAAAGCUUUAUUCGAUAUUCAUUAUUAA